UUACAAAUUUACCCUUAAUUAAAAAUUCUGAUUUUAAUAAUUUUACUAGUGGGUGGACCAACUUUCUCUCUCCAAACACUUUAAUCAUUUUCAUUUGCUAGUGGGUGGACCAACUUUCUCUCUCCAAAACUUUAAUCACUUUCAUUUACUCCCACUAAUGUUUGCCCCUUAAAUUUUGUCUCAUGAACCGCAAAACCUCCCAAAGUUGCAAAUAAAUAUUAACAGAGGGAGUAACUUAACUUCUAGAUUAAACAAUCUUUACCCUGAUUUAACUCUCUGCAAAUUAGGGUUCUUAUUCCCGUUCUCUAUUUUCCGCUGAAUCAUCGAUCUUUACAAAAACUUCAGCUUCCAUCAAUGGCGAAUACUAUGUUACCUAAACCCUUUUCAAAUUAAGGAUAUCAAUUCCAUUUUUCAAUUUCCAAUUGCUUCAAUUUGUGCAGAUUAGUGAAAGCAAAUUUAGGGCUUUUGCAAUUGAAGAAUGGCACAUAAAAUUGGAGUUUCUGGAAAAGAAUUCAUUAAAAAAGCUUCAGCUUCCAUUAAUGGUGGUAACAUUACUCAUCUUCUUUCAUACCCUCUUUCUUCAUUUUCUUCUUCUUCAAAUUACCAGAGAAAUUCUCUCUCCUCCGCUGAAAAUGAAGUUGAUCCCAAAUUCUUCCUCGGAUCAAUGAGACAACAAUGUAAGAUGGGAUUUCGCAACCUCAACGACGCUGUCUCACUCUUCCAUCAAAUGACCCGUAUGAAUCCUCUCCCUUCUUAUUUUGAUUUUACUGUCAUUUUGUCUUCAAUGAUCAAGAUUAAACCUCGUUACCCUGAAAUCUAUUCAACUGUAAUUCAUCUCUCUUCGCAUUUGGAAUUGUUGGGCGUUCCUUAUAAUCUUUUUUCUCUUAACAUCCUUGUUAAUUGUUAUUCCUGCUUGGGUCGUGUCGAUUUCGGGUUUUCGAUUAUGGGAAAAAUCAUUAAGCUUGGGUUUCAUCCCAGUAUUGUGACCUUCAAUACCGUCAUCAAUGGGCUUAUUUAUUCUAAUCUGUUGGAAGAGGCUGCUAGAUUGUUUGAUCAAAUUGUUAAGCUUGGGUUUCAAACCAACCUUGUGACUUAUGGUACACUGACCAAAGGUCUUUGUAGAAUAGGGAACUAUGCAAAUGCUCUUAAUUUGCUUGUGACGAUGAACUCGGGAUUUUCUCUUAAUAAGCCUGAUAUUAUCAUAUAUAACACUAUCAUUGAUAGUCUGUGUAAGGAUAAGCUUUUACCUCAGGCCACCAAACUUUAUUCUGAGAUGAGAGGAAAGGGCAUUCAACCCGAUGUCUUAACUUAUAACACCUUAGUUCGAGGAAUGUGCUCUUUGGGGCGAUGGGAUGAUGCAAAGAAAAUGUUGGAUGAAAUGUUGGAGAACAACAUAGAUCCUAAUGUUGAGACCUACAGCAUGUUAAUUGAUAUGUGUUGUAAACAAGGGAAGGUUAGUGCAGCACAUGCUAUACUGGGCCUCAUGACCAAAAGGGGUAAAACUCCAGAUAUCUUUACUUACAAUUCUCUGUUGGUUGGUUAUUGUUUGUGUGGCCAAAUGGAUGAAGCCACUGAGCUAAUUGAUUUGAUGAUGAAAAUUGGUUGCAAGCCUAAUAUUGUGACUUAUGAUAGCUUGUUAAACGGAUAUUGCAAGUCUAAGAAGCUUGACAAAGCCCUAGAUUUGGUCCAGGAUAUGCCUCUUAGAGGAUUAGCACCUAAUCUAGUUACAUAUAGCACUCUUAUAGAUGCCUUGUGCAAGGACAACAGACUCCAGAUUGCAUGUCAAGUUAUACAGGAAUUGGAAGCUGAAGGAAUCACACCUGACAUAAUUACUUAUAACUCAUUGUUUGAUGGGCUUUGUAAAAGCUCACGGGUUGAUGAGGCAAUGAUAAUGCUGAAAGGAGUAUCAAGUUGUGGAGUAGUCCCUGAUAUUGUCACCUACAAUAUCCUAGUUAAUGGCCUUUGUCAAGCUGGGAGACUUGAUGAAGCAGUGGAUAUCUUGUCUUCUCUUCGAGCCAAGGGUUUAGUUCCUGACAAUUAUACUUACAAUGUAAUAAUAAAUGGAUAUUGCAAGUGUAAGAAGCUUGACCAAGCCCUUGGCUUGUUCCAUGAUAUGUGUCUUAGAGGAUGUAAACCAAAUGUUGUUACGUAUAACACUCUCAUAGAUUCCUUAUGCAAGGAGAAAAAAGUCCAGCAUGCAAAUCACCUUAUCCAGAAAAUGAGAUCUCAAAACCUCACACCAGAUGUUGUUACUUUUAAUUCAUUGAUGGAUGGCCUCUGUAAAAGCUCACAGAUUGAUGAGGCAAUGACAAUGUUGAAAGGAAUGGUAAGCAGUGGACCAGUCCCUGAUAUUGUCACCUACAAUAUCCUAAUUGAUGGCCUUUGUCAAGUUGGUCAACUUGAAGAAGCUGUGAACAUCUUUUCUUCUCUCCAAGACAAGGGUUUAAAUCCAGACAACUAUACAUACAAUGUAUUGAUAAGUGGAUAUUGCAAGUGUAAAAAGCUUGAUCAAGCCCUUGGCUUCUUCCAUGAUAUGCAUCAUAGAGGAUUGGAACCUGAUGUUGUCAUAUAUAGCACUCUCAUAGAUGCCUCAUGCAAGGAGAAUAGGUUCCAGUUUGCAAAUGAACUUAUACAGAAAAAGAGAGCUCAGAACCUCACACCAGUUGUGGUUACCUGUGAAUAAUUGAUUCAUGGCUUCUGUAAAUGCUCACAAAUUGAUGGGAUGCUGGAAGGAAUGACAACUAGUGGAGUAAUCCCUGAUAUUGUCACCUACAAUUUCCUGAUUGACGGCCUUUAUCAAGUUAGCGACUUGAUAAAGCAGUGGAAAUCUUGUCUUAACUCUGAGCUAAGGAUAAUGGCUGCUCUCCAGAUGAUUGAACUUAAAAUAUGAUUAUCAGAGGAUUUCUUUGUGGUAAUGAUGUCCAAAAGGCAUCCGAGUUUUUCAGAAUCAUGAAUAGCAAAGGGCUUGCACCUGACGCUUGUACAACUUUGCUGCUUCAUCACUUGCUUGCUGCUUGCUAUGUAAGCAAUGCAAGUAAUUGCUUUGCUUCGAGUGAUUUUAGAGAUUGACUAAGCUUGCAGCUUAAUGCUGGAGGAUGUCAAUUUUCUCAUUGUGGUUAAUCUGCUUCAUGCUUUUCCUCAGGUUUACUUGUUCAAAGUUUUGUAACACAGUAAUCUUUCUUGAUCGUCUUCCAUUUUAAAGUAAAUAUACUACCCCAUUUCAUGAAUCAUACAAAUUUGUGUUUCUUGUGUAGAUAGGUAAUCUUUUUUUUUUGGACAGAAGGGGUGGUGAGAAAUUUAUACAGAAGGGAAGGAUUAAGUUUAUGUGAGUAGAUGGGAUAGGCAAGUCCCUAUUGACAAUUGUUCAACUUUGUAUCAUUACAACAUUGCUAUUGAGAGGUGAAUCAAGCAGUGUAUUUCAUAAUAAAUAUUGGCCAUAAAUGCCCAACUAUGCUA